GCAAAAGUGCCAAGAGGUUUACUCCUACGACGAGACGAUCGGGCAAAUUUCUGCCAGUUUUUCGCAAAUGUUGUCUGAUAGCAUACGUGGCCAGCUUCCGUUGUUGUCGUGGUAUCCACCUCCGGCACUCGAUGAGGAGGCCAAGGUAUCUAUCCAAUCAUCAACAUCAAGAUGAUUUUUAUGCAUGAUUCAGGGUAUUCUGCUUAAGUACUUAAAUUAUACUUUUCUUGUUCUAGUACUUCUACUUUAGUUUUGAAAACAGUAGUCAGUCGACCAUAAUUGAAACCCAGUUGUUGGCGAUUUGUUCGGAGAUGCAUGCUACGGAGUUAGUCGAAGUAUGUCGUUUAACGUGGAACCGAGAGCAGGGACAAGAGCCUUGCUCUGUGGAGCAACUGGGCGAUAUCAUAACGACAGCAAGACGGACUACGGAGACAAACACCUUGAAAACGAUGUACUGAUAUGUCGAUGAAUAUUUCUCCGUUAUCAACAUAAGUACAAAAGUAUGUAACUGCUGAGCUUUGGCUCUAGCGCGCCAUGGAGGCGCUUGAGACCUUGAGGCAGUCUGCUAGGCUGGUCCUACCUUUCACGCGCUAGAUUGAGCGCGGAGCACGAGCACUGUAGUGCACAGCCCGCCCAACCCCGGGCCACCUACCUCGCCCCCAAAGAAUUAUAUUAACUAGCACAGCAGCUGCUCUGCACCUACAGGGAGCUUUGUUGAUUUUUAGUUGUUGAAAGUCGUGGCCUACUUUAGUACUUCUACAUCAUACUUUCCUCAUUCUCGCACAUGCAUCUGAUAUGCACAAGAAGAAACUCUAACUCCAUCCCCAUCACGAUAUCCAUGUCUUUUAUUAGGUAUGAUGGCCGUUCAAUCGAGGAGUUUUACACACAAAUCGGGCACCUUGAACGCAGUAGUUCGGCUUUCGCAUCCGAACGGCGGAAGUACAUCCGCAUUCAUCGAGUCCGCUUGGUAGCUAAGCAACCAUACUGCAUAAAUAGUUCGGAAGAGUCGAACAAUCAACUAGUACUAGACUUACGCACCAGCACCUGCAAUCUAUUCACUUUCGUCUUUCUCUUUGCUAUACUAUGUAUACGUAUCUAUAGAAAAAAUUAGCAGAGGCAGAUAUUAUACACUUACACAAUAAAGCGUAUACGUUCGAUUAAACGAUCGGGUGUGAUUCUUAAUUAUGAUGAAGGUCUGCUGAAACUACGGAUGAAUUUCUCCUUGUCGUGAUUCAUUAAUGAGAAACAAAAAAAUUUUAAUGAUUAAUUCCAAGGAAGAUCAGACAAACCUAAUCAACGUCAAAAUAUCGUUAUCGUUCACAUUUUCUAACAGUUCAACCUAAUGCGAAAUACAGGAUCGAGAAGAACUCCCUACGCUGUAUCAUCUGUAACCACACACAGGCUCAGUUGUUUCGUCCGGUAACUAGUGCACCAGCUGCACCAGCUCCUCCAGAACCGCUGAAGAUAGCUGAGCUGGAUAAUAAAGAGGAUCGCGCGAAAAGGCUUGCUGAGACGCUCAACAACCAGCGGGCAGUAGUAGAUAGUUAAGGCUUCCUGUAGUUCUUAAUUAAUUAUGAUUACAUAAUUAUAUAUAUCUUAUUAGUAGUUUUUUACUUAUCAAAAAUCAUCCUGGUUCUUUAUCAAAAAUAUCUUAUUAGUACUUUUCUCCUGGUUCUUUAUCAAAAAUCAUCUCCAAUUGAUCUUGAUUGACAAUUUCUAAGGGGAGUUGACCAUGACAAAUAGUGGAUAAUAUCUAGUAGAGAGCACAGUGGAUCAUUGGCUCUUCGUCUUAAGCGAAUGCAAUACAGAUGAUCCAUCCCUCAUAGUCAAACGAUCAUCCUCUUUAGGGUAAGGAACGAUAGCGAGCUUUUCCGUUUUCAAUGGAUCCGGAUAAUAGAUUGAACGGACGAAGCCGACGAGACUCUAACAUGGUGAAGCCUCCGCUGCUCGGGAGAAAAUGAUCGCAGGAAGGGUAUUGGAGCAGCAGAAACAAGUUCAGCAGGUUCGCAAGAUUUGA